UUGAUCACUAAACAAAACAAAGUUGUUGCGGCUCUUAUAUCCUAUUAUAUGAAGAGAUCAUCACGUAACUAAUGUUCUCCAAUAUAAACAGCGAUGUUCGGAGCUAGAGAAUCAGAUGUUAGAGACUACACCACGCAGCGACACGGGCUACAAGCCGGUAUCCAGCAAAAGCAUAGCGCUCCCGGCGCCUGCCGCUCUGCCCGCAACAGACAAUCGCAGGGAAGAAAGAAUUGGAGACCUGGAUACCGCAUUGCGGCGACUAGAUGAAGAGAAACGCAAAUGUGAGAAGUUGGUCUCUCAAAACAACUUGCUCCGUGACCAGUUAGAAGAGUCUCACCAACUGAAUGAGGCUCUCACCAAUGAUCUACAGAAGCUCACAAAUGAUUGGGAGGCAUUGAGGGAUGAAAUGUCCAUUAAGGAAGACGAGUGGAAGGAUGAAGAGCAAGCUUUCAACGACUACUAUUCAAAUGAGCACAAUCGCUUACUUAAUCUUUGGCGUGAAGUGGUCUCUGUGAAGCGCUUCUUCUGUGAGCUGCAAACUAGCACCGAACGGGACUUGUACAAAGUUAAGAAUGACAUUGACUCCGCUGCCAGGGAUCUUGUUGGAACAUUAAGCGGCUAUGCCAUCAAUUCAUAUGCAUCCCAGGGGACAAAGCCAGAACCGCUGCACGGCGCUCCACAAGCGAGCGCGGCGGCCGGCGACGCUCUGCGCGCGGAGCUGCACGCCGCCGCCUCGCAGCGCGACUCGGCGCUCGCGGAGCUGCGCGAGAGGGACGCCCGCAUACAGCGCCUGCUGGGGGAACUGCAGGGAUUGGAGGAACGCUGUGAGAACGCAGAGACAAUGUGCUCAGAGGCAAAUAUAAUGCGCUCCGCUCUAGAAGAGGUCGCUCGUGUGCUGAUAAAGGACUCGGAACCAGAUAGUGCGCCACAGCACUUGCAUCUCUCUGACCGGUCGGCGGGCGGCGCGCUGUUCGCGGAGAGCACGGUGUCGGCGCUGCAGGCCGCGCUGCACAACUACCGCAUACACGUGCACGAGCUGCAGGUUAAACUCCAAAAUGCAAGGGAACAGCUGGGAACGAGUAGGAAACAAUCUGAAAUAGCAGACUCCAACAUCAUCUCCUUGGAAGGAAAAGUUCAGGAUCUACAAGGUAAAUUAGACCAAGCUAAUGCCGAUCUAAACCAGUUAUUGCAAGAGAAGGAAUCAAUGCAGAAGACAAUAGAAGUACUAAGAAUCGACAAGAACAAUCUAGAAAGGAACAGAGUCGAAAUAAAUGCAAUGGUCGAAUCACUAACAUCGGACUACGAGAAAUUACAAAAGAUCAACUCUCGUCUAGAGAAGAACAUAGAAACCCUGGAAGGAGAGAAACGUGCCUUGAACUCCGAAGUAGAUCAUUUGCGACACGAAGCAGCUAAUAGGGAGUCAGUCUUGAGAGCGGAAGAAGAGCGUUCAUCUCGCCUACGUUCCGAACUCGUGACUAUAAGAGAGGAGCUGAACAAGACCGCUCUCUCGAGGGAUCUCCUCGACCAGCAGAAGUUGGAAGUCGAUGCCAUCAUGACGCAGAUGGAGAAGAACAGGAGCGAACUCGAAAUAGAGCUAGAGAGAACGCUUUUGGAACGCGGCGAUCUCCAGGACCUCGUGGAAAAGCUACAGACCCUCGUGCGUAACCUGGAAACGGACAAGAAGAAACUACAGGAAGACAUUAAACAUCUGGAAGACGAGAGGUCGUCACUAUCAAACCAGUCAUCAGAACAGCAAGGCGACCUCAACUCUCUGCGCAAGGAACUACUCGCCGCUGAGCAGAAUCGGAUGGAGUUAGAAGCGGACAAGGCUUCAUUGUGCGAGAAGAUUAAAUUUUUAGAAGGGGAGAGAGAGAAAGUGGAGAUGGAACUGAGACAAGUGAUGAGAGAGCGUGGGGAACUCAGUUCCCAGUUAACAGCGAUGGCUCGAAAGAAAGACGCCCUUAACGAAGAGAUAAUUCGCGUUCAACAGCGAUUGGAACAGGCUAACGAAACGAUCGGCAGGUUGAACAGGUCCCUCGACGAUCACGUUAAAGACGCUGAAGAGAGACAGAUAGUAAUAGACAAUCUAGACAAAGACAAGCAGCAUCUGCUAGAGCAGCUGGCCAGCAUCCGGACGGAGAAGGACGCACUGGAGGCGGUGCUGUUCGACACCGCCAACAUGCUGGAGGACGCGGAGAGCAAGCGGACCAAGAUAGAGCACGACUUGCAGGAGACAUUGGUUCAACAGGAAAACUAUAAAGGUCAAAUAGCUCGUCUAACGAAAGACCUCGAGACCAGCGAGAAGAAACUUCGAGAAACAAGGAGCACAAUGUCUCAACAAUCUGGUAAAAAAGAGGCUGAAUACCAACAAGUUAUCACUAAUCUCAAUCGAACCACAACCGAGAACAUCACCAAGCUUAAGGAGGAAAAGGAACAAUUACGCCAGUCCCUAGAACAGAAACUAAGUCAGACAAUAGCAACACUAACGAGCGAGAAAGAAGCACUGGAGGCGGGUGCGAGAGAGAAAGAGAAGAAGCUACUCGCGCUAAGAGAUCAGCUGAUAUUGCAACACGAUGAAGCUUUGCUUAGGGCGGAGAAUGAUAAACAACAAGCCUUGCUUAUGGCCCAUCAAGAACACCAAGCGAUCAUGGAACGUCUAGAAGAUACCAAGCGCAUGCUCUGUUGCGAACAGAACAAGUUGGAACGCGUGCGUAGAGAAGCUCAGGCGAGGUCCGAUCAGGACAGGAAUCACAUUAACCAGCUGAAGGACGACUUGGCAACUUUGAAGACCAAACUCGAGGAGGCUAAAGCGGCGGCGGAGGACGAGUGCGGGCGCCUGGAGGCGCGCGUGAAGGAGCUGCAGGGCGAGCGGGACGGCGCCGCGCGGGACGCCGCCGACGUGCGCGCGCAGCUGGCGCUCGCGGAGGACCGCCACGACGCGCUGCACGUGCAGCUGCAGGACGCGCUGCGCAAGCUCAAGGAGCUGGAGAACGAGUCGGACGGCCUGCGCAAGGAGCUGUCGGACGUGCGGCGCCAGCUGUCCAGCAGCUCGGCCGAGCGCGACAAGUACCUGAGCGCGUGCGGCGAGCUGCGCGCGCACGUCAAGCGCGCCGAGGGCGAGCGCCGCGACGCCGCGCGCGCGCGCGACGACGCCUACCACAAGAUCGCCGGCUUGGAGGAGAAUCGCACAACUCUAGAAUUGGAACUGUCCCGCGUUCAAACGAUGAUGAAGGAGUCUGAAAGCGGAGCAGAGCACAUGGAGCGGUCUCUACGCGCGACAGAGGCGCAGCUGAAGAGGGAGCGGGCGGCCUUGGAGCAGGCGCAGCACGACAUCAAGGAGCUGCAAUCGAGGCUGCAGAACGAGUGCGAGGAGCGCGAGCGCGUGUCGGGCGAGGGCGCGGCGGCGCGGCGGCUCGGCGCCGAGCGGGACGCGCUGCUGGGCGCCGCGCGCGCCGACCUCGCCGCCGCCCGCCAGCGCGCGCUCGAGCUGGACGAGGCGUGCCGCGCGCGCGACCAGGAAUUAGUAUUACGUCUUGAAGACUGCAGAUCUAAAGAACGUCGAUUAGAAGAAUUAAAACAUAACUUAGAAGUUUGUCUCGCUGAUGCCACGCAGCAGAUACAAGAGUUAAAGACGCGGCUGGGCGGCAGCGAGGGCCGGUGCCGCGGCGUGGAGGCGGCGCUGGCGCAGAGCGAGGGCGCGCGGCGCGCGGCGGCGGCGCGGCUGGGCGCGCUGCUGGCGGCGCUGCGGCGCGUGUGCGGCGUGCAGCCCGACGGGGCGCUGCUCGCGCGCCGCCGCCUCGCCUCGCCCGCGCGCCGCUACAGCCCGCACAGAGGCCGCGAUCAUUCUGAAGAACGCAAUGAAGUCACCGACGUCGAUCCAGAGUUGAUCAAGAAGGGUUUGCGCAAUUUGAUGCAUGAGGUGUGUCAGAUUGAGAGGGAAAAGGACGACUACAAAUCGCAACUGACCGUCCUGAAAAAGCAGCUCAAGGAAGCGACAGAGCAGCAGGGCAAGGGCGAAGGCCGUCUCCAGUCCCUCAACAGCAACGUACGGAGUCUACAAGAGGAGAAAUCUCGCUUACAAGCAGCCCUCGGGCAGAAGGAAGCUCAGUUGAAUGCAUUGAACGAGUCGGUACAAGCGAAGACGGUGGAAAUAAGCAAUUUGAGAGACAAAAUUACAAGUCUCGAAGCUACCUUGAGCUCUAUCGCUGAAGAUAAAGUGCAAAACGAGAAUAAAUCCGAAAAUCUCCGAGUUCAACUAGCGGAGCGUGUUCAAGAAGUCGGGCAGCUACGCGAAGCUCUUGCAGCCGCUGAAGGGCGCGCGGCGCGGCUGGACGUGCGGCGCGCGCAGCUGGAGGGCGACGUGCAGCGCGCGGCCGUGGCGGCGCGCGACCGCGACCUGGCGCUCAAGAAGCUUCAAGAACGUUGCGAGGGCCACACUCGUACUAUCGCUCAGCUGGAGGACAGAUGCACAUCUCUGAAGGGCACAGUGGAGCAGCUCUCUACUUCACUGCAGAAAGCCGCCACGGCCGAGAGCGAGCUUAGAGCUGAGCUUAGCAAAACCCAAAGAAUGCUCAACGAGGCGAAGAACAAUGAAUCCAAUGCUAUGGACAAGUUGCGACAAAUACAGAAGAAUGUUGGAAAUUGUGAGAACGAGCGUCGAGUGCUGACCGAGAAGUUGGAAAGCGCUAAAUCAGCGUUGAGUGAAUUGAAGCGUCUCAACUGCACGCUGGAGGACCAAGUGCAUCGCCUCACAAACCAGCUGGCAAAUAUUGAAGCGCAGAGAGCCGAUUUGGAGUCCCAGCUUCGUAUGACAACAUGGGACGGUAAGGAGAGCAACGACAGCGGUGAACUAGAACGGGAGUUGCACGCGCUGCAGCGCGAGAGGUCAGAGCUGAAGGCGAAGAACGACGCGUUACAGGACACCGUCAGGAAGCUGGACGCCGAGAGACGUAUGGUCAGACCCUCCGUGCUUCGUAGCAAGAGCCAUGAUAGAACUGAGAAGAGCGUUUAUUAUUCUUCUGAUCUGGAUUCUGGUGCAGAUUCUACAAAAGACUCCCGUGGAUACAAGGACUUUAAGGAGGUGCCUUGCAAGGACAAGCCUUACAACUCUGACUUCAGUCUUUUAGAGCUAGAGAACAGGGAACUGAAAAUGAAGAUCAGGCGCCUCGAGAAGGAACUCUCUGAUAAAGAAUCAGAAUUAGCAAUGGCUCGUAAUCGUUACUUUACCGAUAAACCGUCGUCCGGUAACAAUAGACAAGACAUAGAGCAGUAUAGACAAGCGGCGCUGCAGGCUGAGCGGUUGCUAGAGGCUAGGGAAGCGAGUCAUAGACAACAGAUCAUUCGUCUUGAACAUCAACUGUCGGCGCUGCGCUCGCAGCUGUCGGCGGAGAUCCGGCGCCGCCAGGCGUACGUGUCGCGCAGCGGGCGCGCCGCGCGGGACGUGCAGCGCCUGCGCGCCGCGCUCGGGGACUCGCUGCGCGCCGUCGAGCAGGAUCCCGCGUUGGACUCUUACACCCUGGAGCAUGAGGCGAGGAAGUUGGACAACACGCUGACGCAUAGUCUCCCACCGCUCAACGACAGCUUCGACUCUUCUAAAUAAACAAAGUUAAUUUAACGGAAAAAUUUUAGUAAAACCGUUCAAUUUUGAACUUGUGUAGACGAUCUUUUUCGAGAAAUCAAAACUAAAAAUUGUAUGUACCAUUUGGUGGUAUUUUCUCGUAUUUGUCUUACAAUGUGGAGAUACUUAAUCGGCUCCAUUUUAAUUAGUAUUUUGUCGUAUUUUCGUGACUUUGUAUCGAAGUCGAAGUAAUUUCUCAGAUUAUUAAUACUCAGUAUAAAAUUUUGGCAAUGGUUUCAAUCUUUUCAGCUGAGAUUGUUAUAAUUAAUCACUUAAUAAUUCAUAUAAUAAAAACAUUUUUUAUAGACGCGAUUGAUUGAAUAAACCAAAGAAAAAUAGAAUUUAUUUAUAAUACAUGUAUUAAGUUUUGACAUUUAAAGAAAUAGAUAAUUUUCCCGAAGUACAUUACAAUUUUCUGCAAACUGCAAAAUAGUGCGCUUUCAGGUACUGUUAUUGAGAAUCUAUUUAAAUAUUUUCAGAAUAAAACUGAAAAUAUUUUUCAUAGAAAUCAUGACCACGUGACUUUUUUUGUAUAAACGCUAGUAUAAGUACUUUGAAAUACAAUUUUUCUGGGCGAAAAGUUUACUAUCAAAACCCACUGUCACAAUUGGGUGUGUUAAAACUUUUCGUUAUUUCAGAUUCAAUGUUUCUUGGGAUUAAAUUUUAAUUAUUUAUUGAUGCUGACGUCAUUAGAACUUCCACGUUAUUGUAUCGUGGAAAGAUAUCGAGGAGUUAUAAAUAUUUACAAUAACAACUAUCGAUCGAGUACUCUUUAUAAUGAUUAAAUAUGAUAAACUGAAACUAUAACUAACAAUUUUUAAUCUGUGAAAUUGCUUCGAAUUUUAAAAUGUCAAAUUUGACGUUUGUACCAAAUAAUAUAAGGACCACUUUUGCACUAGUCAUUUUUAAAUUUAAACUUUUUUAUAUAUAGAAGUGUUUAUAUAGUGGUGAUAUCAAAAGAUUAUUAAAGUGAUAUAAAGCGCAUAUUACAGAUUAAUGAUUAUUCGAAAACUUUGUCGCACAUAAUAGAAUGAAUACACGAGUUUGAAGUUUGUAGUUCAUUAAAAAAAAUAAUGAGUGCAGUGAUCAGAUAGAAGUGAAACGUUACAUAUAAAAACGUAUCAGAAAUUCCGUCUUAAAUGGUACUGUCAUGGCACACAAAGAAGUUUAUUAAAAAAAAGUUUUUAAUGUCAAAUAUAUAAAAACGAGUUUCCGCCCGCGACUUCGCCCACGUGUGAGAGGAGCGAGACCCUGUUAAAUUAACUGAUUAGUUAAGAUGUGAAAGCGUAAUAAACAAAUAAAUUGAAAUUAUAUUUGUUAGGAUAAAUGAAGAUUACAUUUCGAUUACAAAUUAUAUUAAAGUAAACUAUUUAAUAAAAUGAACUACAUACCAAACCUAUUGGAUACUAUUGCAUUUUAAAUGUGCGAUUAAAGUAGUUCACAGGAAAUAACCGUUCAUGGAAAUAACUCUCACUGGAGAACCAUUAGGGAAGUCAUUAAUAUUCUAUCACCUUUAUCUUUAGACAAAGGUGAUUGAUUCUAGAGUUUAGUCCGCGAAUGGGAAAUUGGCAACUUAUGUUGUCAACGUGUUGAUAAGCUUUUGUUUUCAACAAAAACUUCAGUGUUUUUAAUUGUUGGUGAUUUUUUUUGAAGAGUAACAAAUACAGAAAUUGACAACCAAUUUAUAUGAUGCCAAUUGCGAAGUAACUAAAAGUAAAAAAUUUUGAAAAUAAAUCAAAGCACUUAAGAAUCGUUAGUAGUAUAUUAUGUACUUAUUUAUUAGAAAAAAUAGAAUCGCUUAGAAAUGUGAGCUUCAUGUCUUAUCAGUAUUCAGGUGGGCACUUUAAAUUUGAGUUGAAUUUUCCGUUUAAGGACCAAAUGACUUUUGUACUUGGAUUGCAAUGGUUAAAAUAAUUCUUAUGCAGCCAUAUUUUCUAAUAAAUCCACCAAUCGUCUACCGAGCCAUAUAUAUUCUACGAAUAUUUGUAGAAUGGUUUUUGAGUAUGACCUAAGUUCGAAACUACAAUUAACCACGAUUUUUCUUUUCUAUCAUAAAAGUGCCUUAAACUAAUCUAUAUAUUAUAUCUAAUAUAUUUAUUAAAAAUAUAUUCAUUCGGCAUUUCAUAUAUAUAUAUAAAAGUACUUUUUUAGUUCAUAUUUUUCUUAUAUUAAAAAAAUAAACAUUUUUUUGAACUAAACUAUAACAAACGUUUCAUACACUAUUUUAGAUUUCUGAAGCUUUCGACGUCAUAACAUACAACAAAUUUGAAUUUAACGGUUUAUUUUUUGUCAAUAUUUUAAGUGUAACCUCCAAGGGUAACAUUUGUGCAUUCAUGCGAAACACAUACACGUUUGUAUGCAGUUGGGUAAUAAGUAGCGAGAUACUUUUUUGUCAACAUCAUGACCCUGUUCUUUGAAAUUUUUUAAUCCACAUCUCAGCCUUCAUGUUUCAAGUGAUUCAUGAUGACGCACGAGUUAGUGUUGAGGUCAGUUCGUCACACGGAAGUUCAGCGGAAGUGUUUUUUUAUUAUCAAUGAGUCAACUAAUCGGUCUAGUCUAAGAGUGAGAUUUGUAAUUUUAAUGUUAUUUAUUUAUUUUGUUUUAUUAUUACGCUACUGUUGUGUAAUAUUUUGAAAAGUAAACCUGUAUUAAUAAACAUCGACAAUUAUCGUAGGUACUUAUUUAUUAUUCGUGUUUAUUUUAUAAGGAGUGUAAUGAAACUUAUAUAAUUAAAAAAUUGAAAGUGCCAUAGAUUUGCACAAACAAAAUUCGCCCAAAAAAUCCAAUAAGCUGUUCUAGGUUUUUGCUUAUAAAAAUCUAUAUUUAACUUUUUAUAAAAUGGUGCACUCUUAUCACGAUUUUUGAAGCGGUCCACUUGGCCCCCACUCGUGUCGGCCUUCGAUGACCCUAGUCAGUCAACAACCCUCUUCAAUAAAAACUAAUAAGGCAAAUUGAGCACAUGUGUAGGUGUUAACAUUAUCAUACACGUAUAUUGUAUCAUUUCCAAAAAUGAACAUCAUUAAUUGAAUUAUACCGAGAUUUAAUACCACUUUUAAUUUAAUAAAUUAUCAAUGUAGUCAUUUUAAGCGGAUGAAAUAGUUGAUAUAAAUAAUGUAGGUACGUCAUUUACGUCCACAUGGUAUAACGGCCAAUUAUUUCAAGUUUUAGUGGUUAAACUACGUAAAAUAUUACCUCAAACGAGGAUAAUUUAAACUUUAAUUAAUGUACUUUACAGGAAUUACAUUUGUGUAUAGUUAAAAAAUUAUCAUCAUUUAUGUGUAUUAUCACUUGACAACUUCCAUGACGUACCUAAUUAAGUAUAAAUUUAUUGUGUGUAAAAUGCUUUAUACCUACACAUUACAAGUGUAAUAAUAUUUAUCAGAACUCAUAGUAUUGUUAUUUAAGCGUUAUUCCAACAUACCUACCUAGUAUGUACUUAUAAAAAUGUGCAGGAAUUUUGAUGUAUGUCCCCAAUAAAUAUCCAACUGAUAAAGCGUACGUAACACGCUCUGGGUGCGGUGAUAAGAAUAGCACAAAAAUUUAUUCAUAUUAUCGUCUUUUUAGACCAUGGAAACUUUUAGAGCGCAAUUGUAUGUAGAUUUAAUCUCCCACGCUUGGAGUGCAUAUAUAUAUAAUAAAUUAUAUGAUUAUUAUAACAUGUUUUUAAGUGAUGCGUGUCCCAUCGUGAACUCGAUCUAUGCGUUAGACCUUGUUUCAUUUGAUGGGAUGCGUCCGUAGUGAUGUUUAGAGCGACGUUAUUCAACACUUUAUUUGUAAUAUUAUAAUUAGAACGCUUGGUUUAUAGGUCAUAGUCGAGGAAGGCGUAUUGUGUUCAUUUCCAUUGGACUGUGUCAAUUCUUAUGUUACUAGAAUGUCGACAUACGCCCGCCACGUCACACUGCCAUUAUUUCUUUCCGUACAUUGUACCUACGUAGUUAGUUAUACUAUAUGAUGUUGAACACGUUUUAUAAAAGUUUUUUACACACGUCAACUCAAUAAAAUAGAAGUAGAUGGUAAUUGGUUGUUUCAUUUAAUUAAAUUCCAUUAAAAUUCCGAUUCAAUUGCCAUAUGUCGCCGGCAGGGCUCCAAGAGCGUGCGGGCCUACGGCGUGACUCAUCGCGAUGUACUUCAACAUACACAACCGACAACACGACGCGAGCG